UACAAUUUUUAUCAUUAUUUUGUUUUGGCACUCGCCCGCACAAGCACACACGCUUAACAGAGUAGAUCGACAAUUGCUUACGACAAGGAUUAAAAUGGGUAACAAUGAAAGUCUAAAUGCUGAAGGAGAAAUAGUUCCGGUAGCUGAAGAAAUUCAACAAUCGGCAGGAAGUUCAAGGGCGACAAGAACACUUUUUGUAGGAACACCAUUAGAAGGAGUGUCUCGAAGGCUUCAUUCGCAUUAUUGGCGCGAAGAACCAAACAUCGAAGAAGGAGCUAAAUCUACGGAAAAAGAUCCAAGUUCAAACGACAGACAGGAGCCCAUUAUAAUUGAAGACCCAGUCACGAGUGGGCAAAUUUCUCGUAAAACAAAAGAAAAUCGCGCAAUGGAAAUAGCUGAAAAGCGACCAAGGCCAAGUGGGCGAAUUUCUCGUAAAACAGAAGAAAAUCGCGCAAUGGAAAUAGCUGAAAAGCGAUCAGGACCAAGUGGGCGAAUUUCUCGUAAAACAGAAGAAAAUCGCGCAAUGGAAAUAGCUGAAAAGCGAUCAACGCCAAGUGGGCGAAUUUCUCGUAAAACAGAAGAAAAUCGCGCAAUGGAAAUAGCUGAAAAGCGAUCAACGCCAAGACGAUUGUUUCGAGAGUCGAUGGGUGGACCCGAAGAGGAAAUAAUGUGGGGAAUAUCAGAAUCGGAGCGACUUUCAUCCAGUCUGACAAAUUUGAACGAAAGCCAGGACGUCAACAUUAUGGAACACCCGGUCACAAGAAUAUCAGAAUCGGAGCAACUUUCAUCCAGUCUGACAAAUUCGAACGAAAGCCAGGACACCAUCAUUAUUGAACACCCGGUCACAAGUUUCAGAACAACCGACUACAAGUCGUUGAUUGUCACAUUUGACAAAGAAACUUUAUAUGGGAAAAAAGAUCAAAGUUCAGGCGACAGCCUGGAUACUAUUAUAAUUGAACACCCAGUCACCAGGGAAAAAGAUCCAAGUUCAGGCGAGAGCCAGGAGACCCUUAUAAUUGAACACCCAGUCACCAGGCUUUCAUCACAAUCCCGAACAAGGGAAGACACAAGCCAGAAUUUAAUAUCGAUGGAUGAUGGUCUUGUUUUGGAAAUUGAUAAUCGUCCUGCAGAUGAUAUAGACAAAGAUGAGAAACAUCUCCCUCCCGAAGAAUUGUUCGGAACAAUAAUGGUAUUUUGUUCCGGCAAUUACCGUGCGGUGAGGAAAGUUUGGCUGGGAGAGUAUGUUCCUUAUUAUUACGAGAAUAACAAGAAUCCCGGUGGAUAUGUCCACCGGAGAAAAGAAAUUAAUUUUCAUGCCAGAGGCAAGAAAUUGGAGGACAAGGCCCAUUUUAAAUAUAGCAGUUAA